AUGUUCCCACCGGCGCCCGCCCCUCCCGCCGACAUCGGAAACACCCCCCCUGCCGGGGGCAUCCACCGGCCCUCGGUCAAACUCCCGCCUGACCUGGCCCCGCACGCCAUCGAGUAUCAACUUUUGAAGCACCUCCUCUUUUCGAUCCGCGAUGCGGCCAUCGAGUCGCCAGUCCCCCCUCCCGGCAUUUCCCCAGCGGCUUCCCCGCCGGAAAGCCCGAUGACCGGAAGCGGGCAGCUGGCUGCCAGCCGGCCACUGCUUGACGCGAUCCCGGUGGCCGGUGGCCGGCCGCUGCUCCUGUCGAAUUUCCCCCACCGGGUGGCCACGGAUUUGGCGCCGGCUGUCGGGCCGAAAACCGCCUUCGCCCUGCGCAAUUUCCUGCGCGAGCUGGAUCGGCAAAUCCUCCGCGCCAACGCCGCCUAUGUCGAAGGGAUCCGCCGGGUGGCGGCUCUCUCCGGGCUGGACCUUGGCCAGCAGUUGGCCUUUCCCCCGGACCACCGGUGUCCCGGUCCCGGCGACACAUCGGACCUUGUGGCGCCCGGGUUGGCAACCGGCCCGGGGCUCCUUUCGCAAGUGGACCCUCCGACGUCCGUUUACACGCCGCUCGAGGCGCUGCUGCUCUCACCUCCCCGGGCCACCAACUGGCCGCCCUGUGUCCAGACCCCCUGCAUUCAAUGUGCCCACCAUGAUGUCCUGGCCUCGGCCGCAUGCACAGUCCAGCCGCACAGUUGCGCCAAUUGCCCAAGCACCCGGCCCCCCACCGCCGGCACCCUCCCCCUGUCGGACGCAUUUUGCGAAUGCUGGCACCAUAGCCUGGUGUGCUGUGGCUGCGAGCAUUUUUGCUGUUGCCGGUGCUGUGCCGCCAGCGAGAACCUGCCGGAGUUUCCGCGCUUCGGCCAAGUCGAGCAUCCGGCCCUGCUCACGGCCGACAGUGGGCCUGCCCUCCUGCCCGGGCUCCUGUGUCCGACUUGUGACCCGGACUUUGCUCUGCUCAACUUGACCGCGUGCACGAAGAUCCUGAAGAAGUUCGAGCGCCUCGACUUUUCGCUUCCCACCCUCCCGGCAGACAUUGGCCCCGGUGACAUGGGCCUCGCCGCGCUAGUGGCCGGGUCGCCCACCGAGGUCAAUUCCCUCUCCGCCAGUGCUGGCUCCUCGCCCUAUCUAGGUGCCACUGUUGGCAGUGGCAAUGCCCCCUCCCCGCACCUCCUUGCUGGAACUCGCUCGGCAUAUCUCUACCGGAUUUCGCUCCUCCCCAUUUCAACCCGCGUGGCUGCGGUCGAGGCGAGGCACUCGCUAGCCGCCCGGGUCCGGGCCAGGCUAAAGGUCCGCCGUGGCCUGGCCCGAGGUAUCCCGCCACACUUGGCCGAAAGCGAUGCCGAGGCCUCUCCACCGAUGGAUGACUGGGACGGCUGCGAUGGGGUCGGUCGCGCGGUCCGAUGCACCCUUUCCAAGUAG